ACACACACACAGAAAGACAGGGAGAGUUUCCGUUGCGCUUGGAGCGCUUCAGCACUUGGGACAGUACAGGACGCAGGGACACAGGGACACAGGGACGGCUCUCUGACCGCAACAUGGAUCAGCCCGAACAUAACACAACAUAGGAUCUUAAACCCAAACUCUGGUUCGAUCGGGGACACUUCAGCGCACUCCUGCAAAAUGGAAGUGACAUUCGCUCUGUCGACGCUUUUCUCUCUGAUCCUCGUGGGGAACGAACUGGCCAGAGCCAUGCUGAGCGACAUCGGUGACUACGUAGGUACAGAUAUUGAGAUCUCCUGGUUGCCAAAUCUGGAUGAUUUAAUGAAAGGUUACGCUCGAAAUUUUCGUCCGGGGAUAGGAGGACCUCCAGUGAAUGUUGCCAUGGCUAUCGAAGUAGCCAGCAUUGACCAUAUCUCAGAAGCCAACAUGGAAUAUACCAUGACCGUGUUUCUGCGUCAGAGCUGGAGAGAUGAGCGCCUUUCCUACAACCACACAAACAAGACGCUGGGGCUGGACAGCCGUUUCGUAGAUAAACUCUGGGUUCCAGACACGUUUAUCGUCAAUGCCAAAUCGGCCUGGUUCCAUGACGUCACGGUCGAGAACAAGCUCAUACGGCUACAGCCUGAUGGUGUCAUCCUCUACAGCAGCCGAAUCACAUCCACAGUAGCCUGUGAUAUGGACCUGACCAAGUACCCAAUGGACGAGCAGGAGUGCAUGCUGGACCUUGAGAGCUACGGCUACUCUUCAGAGGACAUCAUUUAUUACUGGUCAGACAGCCAGAAGCAUAUUCAUGGCUUGGACAAACUAGAGCUGUCCCAGUUCACUAUCACGGACUACCGCUUUAUCACUGAAAUGAUGAACUUUAAAUCAGCUGGCCAUUUCCCUCGGCUCAGUUUGCAUUUCCGGUUGAGGCGGAAUCGAGGAGUGUACAUCAUCCAGUCCUACAUGCCUUCUAUCCUGCUGGUUGCGAUGUCCUGGGUGUCUUUCUGGAUCAGCCAAUCAGCUGUGCCUGCAAGAGUAUCGCUAGGAAUCACUACUGUGCUGACCAUGACCACACUGAUGGUGAGUGCUCGUUCCUCAUUGCCUCGCGCCUCUGCCAUAAAAGCACUGGACGUAUAUUUCUGGAUCUGCUACGUGUUUGUGUUCGCUGCCCUGAUUGAGUAUGCCUUCGCUCACUACAACGCUGACUACAGCAAGAAAGAGAAGGCCAAGGUCAAAGUAAACAAGAAUACAGAGUCCAUGGUGAAGAACGGCAAGCAGGCCAUGGUCCUCUUCUCACUGUCGGUGACAGGCAUGAAUCAAGGGCUUGUCGUCUCCAACCGGCAGAAUCGCGGCCAGUGCCAAACUGAGACACCCGCAGAGCCUCAGGAAGAGGCGGAAACGGCUAAGCAGGAGAGCAGAGAGGAAAGAAAGUGCUGCAAGUGCAAACCCAUAGACGCUGACACCAUCGACAUCUACGCUCGUGCUGUCUUCCCUUUCACAUUCGCCGUGGUCAAUGUCAUUUACUGGGUGGCUUAUACCAUGUGACAUUCUCUAUACAGUACUGUAGAUGCAAAGUCAGCUGAAAUCUUGAUAUUAUGGAUUUUUACAUUACGGGAUGAUCGCGAUUAUUAAACUAUAAUUCAGAAAGUUAAAUCCUUAUGAUUCAACUCAGUGUGGCUCUACUGUGCAUCUGACAAAACCCACAUAAUGAAGAUGAGAACAUCUGGUAAGGAAGCGCUUUUCCUUUCAACAGUCUUUCAGAUGAAGGUGAGUGGACUAUGAGGGAUUGUGCCGAGUGUCUCGCCUCUCAAACAUUUCAUGUGAUGCUAUUAUGAAAUUUUAUUUUGUGACAUUUAAUUGCCGCUCUUUCGCACCUGGGAUAGUCCAAUCGAACCACAGAACAUGAACUGCAUGGCUGCUGUUUUUCUUAUCAGCAAUAUUUUUUUUUCCUCAUUCUUAUUCUGCCAUGGGUUUUAAGUUUCCUGUUAUUCCCUAGGCUUUUGGCUUCAUUUCAGAAUUUGCAAAACUGCUGCUUGAGUUCCAGCAUAAUGAGCAAAUGACUGAAUAUUAUACGAGUCACAGAAGAAGGCCAUAGUUUAAAUAAUGACAUAAAAUAAUUACAAUUUUAUUCACAAUGCCUAAUUGCAUGCAUUUAUAAUCUAACCUUAGUUAGCUGAACUCUAGGUUUAUCACAGACCAAAUGCAUUUCUGUGUAAAGGGAUUUCAAAUGGCCUCAAGACAUUGACAUUGAUCUACUGCCCUGAACUAGAUAUGGAGAGGUUUUUAUAGUCAGCUUUCUUAAAUAUUUCAGCACACUCUUCUUAAUAUAGUUUUAAGGCUCUAAAUAAUUAAAUGACGCAAUUAAAGAGAAACUUGUAUUGUGUCUAUAUAGGGGCGAUGACCGCUGCAAUAAA